GGUUCACUGUUGAUGAGCUCUUUGUUUGUGCUGAGUCUUCCUCAAACGAAAAUAAAGUCAUGAGAAAAGAACGCUCACGUCGACAAAAAAUAAGUGAGAUUCUUACCUGGGUUCAUAUAAAUUCGGAUAUUGAUAUCACUGCGCUCGAGGGAGCUCACAACUAUGAUGAACAAAAAGUAUACGAAUAUCUUUUGAAGAACGAAUAUGCUAAGCAAUUUAAUAGAUGGUUGCAACAGGCUGCUGAAAAAGGACAUGCUGAAGCAAAGGAAUUAUAUUAUAAAAUUAAAGAUUAA